AUGCGAGCCUUCGAAGUCACCACGAUGCGAUCUUUUUCUGUAGAGAGCAGCCAGAGCCUGGCGCAUAAUCGGAUUGACAUUUUGAACCGCAGGUGGGCAGCAGCAAUGCUGUGCCUGGGUUCUGUUUGUGGCUUUACCUCUAUAGCGCUCGCAACGCUGGCUGGGAAUUUCAAUUCCAUCAGUGGAUUUGAGAUGAAAAAUGCCUGCUUUCCCCACAACGCGUGCCCGUCUGGACGCAGCUACCAUGCUGAAACAGUCAGUGAGAUGGUGUCGAAACCAGACUUUCCCGCGGCAAAGCUCUUCUUCAGCUUCACUCUCAUCGGCUCGAUUAGUUUACUUCUCUCUCGCUACCCCUGGGAACUGAAAAAUGUCUACACUGGUGGAAGUCCGACGCGGCGUCUGCUCACUGCGGCCCGGGCAGUGCUUCCCCCUUGUGGGAUGCUUAUCGUUGCCACCAUCCCUGUAGUUCCCCGCGUUGCAAGACAAAGCACCGCCAUCAAGCUGGCCUGCAGUGUGCACUCCUUCGGAGCCACGCUCUAUGUUGCUGGUUACAACUUCCUGGAAAGUUGCACUCUCUGGAUACUAUGGGACAGGCUGGAACAUCUUGAGCGCAUUCUGCGCACUAUCUGUGUGGUGUGUGGUGUUUUAACCACGAUCAGUUUUUUCAUGUGCGGCACAGUGUACUCGUAUGCGCAGGAACUCGGCAUUUGCUGUGUGGACCAAUGGGAAAACACUACAAUCGCGUUUGAGGAAAAAUACCACAUGGGCAAUGAGUCUGCCACAGAUAAGGUUGUGGAUCUUCUGAUACCCAAGGUCUACGGACCUUUCGUCUUGGUUAACUCAGCUGAUGGUCUCGCGCUGCUUAUCAAAAAGUUUGAGUUCUGGCUGGAAGAGUUGGCUGGCAUUUUCGUCGUUGUAAGCCACUUGCUGAUCUGGAAGUUCAGCAAAGUGCAGCAUUUGGAAGUCCCGGAGUUGUUGGAUAUUCACAGUGGACCUGAACAGGAGGCUGCAAGCGCGCCAAAGUGUAGCGAGUUCGGAGGACAUGCCCUUGCACCCAUAUCAGGUGGGGCAAUUCUUAAUCCGGCCAUAGCGCUGGGCCUGCCCUUCAUCAGUCACGGUUCGACCGUGAUGUUUGGCAUUGCCUACGUCGUGGCAGAGCUGCUUGGCGCCUUGAUCGGCGUGCGGCUCUUUGAAAUCCUGAGGGCCGGUUCCGAGGAUUGUUGCUGCGACAUCGAAGAGUACUUGGAAAUGUGCGUGCCGCGGUUGUCAGCCCGACUCCUCGGAGAAGGGUUGGGCACCUUUGCUCUUGUCUUCACAUUCGGGCUGAACGUGAUCGGUCAAUCGGAGGCAACAGCCUGGUCAGCAGCAGCUGCUCUGAUAAGCAUGAUCUAUGCUCUGGGAAAGAUUUCAGGGGGAUACUUCAACCCUGCGGUGACUCUGGCAGUGGUGUUGAGCGGACGCAGCAAAUGUUCUGUCGGCGAUGGAUUCGCUUACUGCGGAGCUCAGGCUGUCGGUGCCAUCGCCGCGGGUGUCAUAGUUGCAGAGUACCGAUUUGCAGCGCCAACGGCCUGGCGACCUGUGACAUUGCCUUCCUGGCAGGAGUAUGGGGUGGCCACAGUUGGCAUCGCAGAAGGUGUUUUCACGCUUGUGUUAGCCUAUGUUGUCCUCGCGUGCUCCACGGUGACCGUGCUCCCUGCCACUAAGACGCGGCAGAACUUCUACUUUGGCCUGGCGGUGGGUUUCUGUGUCAUGACCGGCGGCUGUACCCUUGGCUCCAUGUCCGGUGGGAUGCUGAAUCCGGCUGUCUCUGUUGGAGUCGUCACGCUGAACUUGUUCCAAGAGCAGAGCGCGCAGGCGCGGCACUUGCUCCUGGCUUUCUGCCUCAAGCUGACUGCGUUUCAGUGUACAGGAGGUCUGCUUGCAGCGGUGGUCUUCCGCCUCACGCACCCGAGCGAAUACAGCAAG